AUGGCAUCGUCCUUUCAUCCAUCGCAAUUGCUGCCUCGCAGCAUUCGUCCUUCCAACAACAUGAUUGUAAGCCCCGAAUCGGAUGUACUACAUGCUCCCGUCUCACCUCGCCGCAAGAACAUGGGAGAAGCGAUCAGCAAUGGCGUGAUUCGUCGUCUCUCCCGCCGCGGAAGUCUCGAAAAGAAGAACAAGAAGAAGAAAGAGAGCAAAAAGAACAAGAAGAAGAAGAGGAGUUCCUACUAUGGCAAUGUCGACGUGGUGUUGGCGCAGCCGCCCGAGCAAGCGCCAUUGGAAUUUUAUACACCCAAACCGCGCAAGUCACCCGUCUUGUUGUGGCUGGAACGCGGGUGCCCUCACGAUGUCGUGCCCAAAAUACUGGCAUUUUGCGGCCCCAAGACAACGGCAACCCUCUAUCAGUGCAAUCGCUUUUGGUAUGAUCUCAUUGGAUCCGACAAUACAUGGAGAGUCAUGUGCGAAGAGCUCUACAAGUGGAAAGAAGGAGACGAAGAACCCAGUUGUUCGUGGCGUGAGUUCUACACGCAGAACCCCUGCGUUCCCACGGACUAUUCCAAUCUCGCGGAUGCCGUCGCGGCCAUUUGUCCUUCCCGCAAUGAAAUACUGGACGACGACGACGACAUGGAUGACGAUCUUAGCUACAAUGGCAAGCGUCUCGACUUGCCCACUCGUACCAUUUGGUUGCGUCCGCAAGAGCAUCGAUUGCAGGAAUCCCUGCUCUUGGACACGCGCCAUGCCAAUGUGACCUUGGAAACUAUGAGGACCACCACCAAAAAGAAACAGCGUCCUCUCGCGUCGCUUCUGUUGCAGACCCGAAGACGCAACAAACCUCUCAUCCACAUUGCCGCUGGACACGUCACCUUGCGCAAGCUGCGUCUUGGACACUACUGUGGUGGAUUCAAUCUCUGGAACGGCAACGCUGCUGUUCAAAUUCAGCCCAUUGUACCGCCGCCGCCAGCCAACAACCUCUUGUUGGAACCCGAACAACCCACCGCCUUGCCUUCCGCCACUCUACAGGAAGUCGAAGUCAUUAGUCACUCGGGACGUGGAGUCGUCAUUAACGAUGGUGGGAAUGUCACCAUUGCCAAAUCGUACAUUCACGAUUGUGCCGCAACCGGCAUUUACGUCGGAUCCCAUGAUUGCGAUUUGACACUGGAAUAUUCCGAUCUCAUUGCCAAUGGACAUGGCAAUCAAUUGGCCGCCAGUGUUCGGGCCAGUGGCGUCAGUCGAGGACAUUCCGGAUUUUAUCUCGAAAAUGGGAAUGCCAGUCUGCGUCAAGUCAACAUUUCCAACAACUCGUCCUGCGGAAUUAGUGUCUCGUCCUCGGAAUCCAAGCUCUUGUUGGAUCAUUCUGAUGUCGUCGCCAAUGGACAUGCCAAUCAAGUCGAAGUCGCCUUUGGAUCACAGCAAAUGGGAUCCAGCAACAAUGUCGCCAAGACGGGAUUGGUCAAGGUACGAUCGCGUCUCGGGUUGCAAUCCUGUUGUGGACGAGGAAUGGGCAAUGGUAGUAGGAGGAACAACAACAGCAACAACAAUAGCAGUAAUAGCGAGUUUUCGGAACGAGACUACGGCGAGUCUUCCUCCGAUGAAGACGAGGUUGGUGAGGAGGAUGACGAUUUCGAACACUUGCAAGAUAGUUUUGUGGUGGCGGAAGAAAAUGUGCGCUUUGGAGAGCUGAUUGAAAUUUAA